AUGCCAACUAUUCCCAAAAAGUAUUUAGCUACUACAACACCUUACUACGAAGAUGAGACGGGUGAUGAUCAUAUUUAUAUGUUUUUUUUUGAAAACCUUCAUAAACACUUUGAAUUAGUGACGGUUCUUACUGAUGUAACUAAACAACUUUAUGACAUCGCUUCAUUCUCCGGAUUUUUCCUGAACUUGGUGCACCUUGUGAUUCUAACCAGACGGGCUUUGAGAACAAAUUUGGUGUAUACUGUGAUGAUUGGUAUUUGUCUCAAUGACUUGAUUCAAUGCUUUUGCACAAUUUGCACUUUAUUCAUGAAAUGGGAUAUUGUGUAUAAAGUCGAGGACUGCAUCGAAAAACCAUACUUUCACAUUUUAACCAACGUCGUGGCGGAAACAGCUCAAUACAUGAGCAGAAGAUGCUCCAGUUUACUUGGACUUUUCAUUGCAGGAUUUCGAACAAUUUCCGUAUUAUAUCCGAUGAGUAAUGUUGAGCGUUUGAGUACAAAAACUGGAUAUUUUACCAUUUGUCUAAUAUCUGGGCUCUGUGCCGGAUGGAGUGCGUUCUACUUUAGUCAGUUUCAAAUUAAAAAAGUCGAUGGAUGUUCAGAUGAAACUUUAGAUGAACCAAUGCGGACAAGCUAUGUACCUUAUGCAUUGAUAAAGAAGAAAUAUGUACUGACAUUUCAAUUUUUGGAUGGAUCAAUGGCUCUUCUGGUUGAUGUACUUUACAUGCUACUAGUUACAUUACUUCUCAUAAAGCUGCACAAAACUGCGCGAAAAAGGAAAAAUUUAAAUAAUGACAAAUCGAGAAACACAUCCAAGCUGAUCAUCCUGAUGGCUUGCUCGUUUUGCUGUUCAGAGACUUUGUACGGAUCUUUUUUCCUUGCUGAUAAAUUCAUUUUCGAUGGUUACGAUGAUCGAGAGACGUUCGACAAGGCUCAACCAUUUGUUCUAACCUUCCAAAUAUUCAACUCUGUAGCGCACUGCUUCAUCUGCUUUUUCCUCUCUUCACAGUACAGGGAAACAGUAAAAGAUAUGAUUUGGUUCAAGAAAACGAAGAAACUGAUGGUUUCGGAGAGUUCUGUACACCCAACCACAAGAUAUACUUCAAGAACCUCAACUUUUACUUUUUAA